UAUGCGCCUGCGCUCAAUUGAUACGGAACUAGGAGGUGUACUGACAGGUUAGCUUUCGCUAUAAGCUUCCCCGAAGAGGAAAUUAAGUAAAAGUUUGUUUGAUUUUAUCUUUUGCUACUUCGUUAAACUUUUGAUAUAGAGGCGUUUCGAGUGUGAGCCGUCACAAUGUCCUGUCAGUACCUGCUGCUUUUGCUGCUGAGUGUGGGGGUCUCAGCGGUGGAGGUCCACCGUCCUCGUGGUGUGCCCUUGUCAAAACGGCAGUUCUAUGAAGAGGACAAACCUUUUACUUGCCUGGAUGGCUCCCGCACCAUUCCUUUUGACAGAGUAAAUGAUGACUACUGUGACUGUCAGGACGGUUCUGAUGAGCCAGGCACUGCUGCUUGUCCCAAUGGCAGCUUCCACUGCACCAAUGCAGGUUUCCGACCAGCCUUCAUCCCUUCUUCUCGUAUCAAUGAUGGAAUCUGUGACUGCUGUGACACAACAGAUGAGUACAACAGUGGCGCUUCCUGCCAGAACACCUGCAGGGACUUGGGGCGCAAAGAGAGAGAGAGCCUGCUGAAGAUGGCAGAAAUUGCGAAGGAGGGCUUUCAGCUGAAACAGCAACUUAUCCAUGAGGCCAAAAGUGGUUUAGAGGACAAGAAGCUUAAACUUUCAGAAGUUCAGAGCAGUAAGAAGGAUCUGGAAUCGAAGGUGGAGGCUCUGAGAACAGUAAAGGAGACUGCAGAGCAGCCAGAGAAAGAAGCUAAAGAGCGCCACAUGCAGGCCUGGGAAGAGCAAAAAGCUAUCGCUCGCAUGGAGAAAGACAAGGCUAAAAUGAAUGAGGUGUUUCUUGAACUGGAUGAUGAUGCAGAUGGCUUUGUUUCAGUGGCUGAGCUUAUGUCCCAUUCUGAGCUCGACCCAGAUUCUGACAGUUCAUUCACUGAAGCAGAGGCUCAGGUGCUGAUGGGUGGUGUCGACAAAGUGGACCUAGCAGCAUUCGGGGCUGUUUGGAAUAACAUUAAAGAAAAAUACCUGUCAGAGUCCAACGCAGACAUCCCAGCACCAGUGGAGACCGCACAGGAGGAAACACCUGUCUCUGAUAACGACUCUGACCAGUACCCUGAAGAUGACAUCCCAGAGGAGGAAGAGGAGGAGGAUGAAGACGAUGAAGACGAUGAUCAGGAUGAGAGUGACUAUAAAGUCCCUCCUACGGCACGGACUCAAGAAAAGAAGGAUGACGAUGAUGAGGGGACUAUGCCACCCUAUGACCAAGAAACGCAGAACCUUAUUGAUGCUGCUCAGAAAGCCAGGGAUGAGUUUGAUGAGGCUGAGAGAGCGCUCCGGGAAGUGGAUGAUCAGAUCAAGAACCUUGAAAAGGAAAUCUCCUUCGACUUUGGACCCAGUGCUGAAUUUGGCUACCUCUACAGCCAGUGUUACGAGUUGACUACAAGCGAGUACAUUUACAGGCUCUGUCCGUUUAACAGAGUAUCCCAGAAGCCCAAGUAUGGUGGAUCAGAAACUAAUUUAGGAACAUGGGGGAAAUGGGCAGGCCCUGAGGAUAAUAUCUAUUCUGUGAUGAAGUAUGAGCAUGGAACCGGGUGCUGGCAAGGCCCCAACAGGUCCACCACGGUUAAGUUAACAUGUGGAAAGGAGACAGUUGUGACAUCUACCUCUGAGCCCAGUCGCUGUGAGUACCUGAUGGAGUUCAUCACCCCUGCUGUCUGCCAGGAACCUGCGAACCUGGAUUCAGAUCUUCAUGAACAUGAAGAGCUUUAGAGCCUCCUGAUCUAUUGUUCUCAAGGGACCAGAGUUACCGUAGCAGUCUGAAGUUGCCAUGCUGUGAGCAGCAUCACCUUGGUGUUGGUUAACAAUUGAGAAUAAAUUAUGGAAAUUCCAAUGAGUAGUUCAUUAUAGUAUCAUCUGCACUUCCAACUUCGUGUGAUAUCUGUUUUGAUUCUCGUGUUGUUUGUCCAAUGUAGUGUCAUUCCAUUAUUUGCAAAUAAAGUUCUUUUUAUCAUA